AUGUCGAACUUACCGACAACAUUUUUGACACAUUCACAACGUGUCUGUCGAUUAUACAAAGCAUUAUUUGUAUAUGCUCGUCGACAACAUUGGCCUGAUAAACUUGCAUAUCGUCAACGUAUGGUAGAAUAUCGAGCACGUUUUGAUACAAAUAAAAAUGUACAAGAUUUAAUGAAAGCAAAACGAUUAUUAAUUGCAGGUGAAGAAGAACUUAAAAAAGCUAUGCAUUGGCAUACAGAUAAUUUCAAUUUUCCUGAAUCACCUUAUGGUAUUGCUGAAAGUCGAUAUCCAACACCUGAUGAUGCUGCACUCGAUGGAUGGCAUCCAUUAGAAAAAGCUCAGUAUCCAACGUAUUUUGCAACACGUGAAAAACGAAAGAAAGCUUAUAUGGAAUGGUAUCUGAAACGAUAUGGUGUUCCAGAUCCACCUAUGAUGUGA